AUGAGUGAAAUUCGGUAUGAUAUCGCGUGGGCUGUGUUUCAUAGAAUAUGUGUGUUGACUGAUAUAAAUGAAUUCGAAGCUGACAUGAAAACAGUUGAAUGCGCUAUCAAUAAAUAUAAGUUUCUGACACAGUCAGAAAAAGAUUAUAUAAUUUUUCAAUUUAGUAUUCUAGUUGAUAAAGUUAACAUUUCUAAUAAGAAAACUGAACAAAGAGAAUGUGAAAUUUGCCAAAAUUGGACUUAUGCUCAACAAUACUGUGAUUAUUGUAUUAGAAAUUAUUUAACAGAUCAUUUUAAUAAUUGGUCCUCUGGUAAUAUUGAAAUCGAUGAGCUAAUUCGUGAAUGCCAAUUAAAUACACAGAGACCAGAUUAUGUCGUUGAAUGGAUACCAUACAAAAAUUUCAGUGAUAUAAAAUAUAAAACUAAAGGAGGAUGUUCUUCUAUUUAUAAUGCUAUUUGGAAGGAUGGAAGAUAUGAUACGUGGGAUAAGCAAAAUCGUCGGCUUAAAAGAGCCGGUACCGAACAUGUCAUUCUUAAACGUUUGGAUCAUUCAAAUGGAUUAAAUAAAAAGUGGAUAAUUGAGAUUAAGUCACAUCUGAACUUUAUGAAUAAAAUCUCUUGUGUUGUUCGUUGCCAUGGAAUAACCUUUGACCCUAAUACGCAAGAUUUCAUGUUAGUAUUGAAUCUUAUGGAAUAUAGUUUACGUGAAUAUUUACUACAAAACCACAAAUACAUUCUAUGGGAACAAAAAAUUAGGAUAAUUUAUGAUAUCGCAUAUGCUAUAAAUAUGAUUCAUCGAUUAGAUACUAUUCACAGAGACCUACACUCCGGUAAUGUCCUCCAAACCAGGUUUUCAAAAUGGUGGUAUAUUAGCGAUUUUGGUUUAUAUGGAUCCGUGACCCAAGAACAAGGGGAUAUAUAUGGAAAUCUUCCAUAUAUAGCUCCGGAAAUUAUAAACGGCAAACCAGCAACAAAAGAAUCUGAUAUAUAUAGCUUUGCAAUGUUAAUGUGGGAAAUAUUAUCAGGAAUACCACCAUUUCAGGGUCGUGACCAUGGUUCUAGUUUAGCUUAUGAUAUUUUAGAAGGUAUUCGACCACCAAUUGACAAAUAUACGCCUUAUUGGUAUACUAAAUUGAUGAAACAAUGCUGGGAUGCUAAUCCUAAAAAUAGACCCAAAUCAAGUACAAUUUUGAAUGAAAUAAGAAAACAAUUACGAAUAAUUUAUCAAAAUGAACUGGAAAACAGUAAACCUAUUCAGAUUGCAAUAAAUAAUAAUGGAAACACUGAAAAUCAAACUUAUUCACCAUCAACAACUUUGAGCAAAAUAUAUAAAUUUAAAGAUUUGCCUGAACCGCAAAAUAGAAUUCAAGAUUAUGAUUUUAAUGACGAUGAUUUCAUGCGUAUUAAUGAAAUACUAAAAUUAGAUUCUACAGAUGAUGAUGAAUUUUUCGACUUAUUUGGAGAAUAA